CUUGGAAACUCUUAAUCCUUUAACCGGAACAGCAAAACAGUUCAAGAUUUGUUAACACUGAUAUACUAACCUUUUAUAAAGUUAACUCACAAUUAUUUAGAUUAAAAGGGAAUAAACAUUUUCAGAAGAAUGAUCGUGAAAUUAAAUGUCAUAUGUGCGAUAUGUGUUGUAUUAAUUUAUGGAUUAGAUGCACAUGUAGCACCCCGCUCAACACGUGGAAUCAUGCGACAAUGCCGAAACCGCUCUCCCGGUUCUAGCCCAGUGCAUCUAACACGAUUGGAUAUGGAACCAAACCCGAUUUUGUUACCAGGAGACAUGUUUUUCACCAUUGAAGGCUACACAAAUAGGACACUGGGAAGUUCCGCCUUACAUCUUGACAUUGUUCGCGAAGGUUACUUUGUUAACAUUCCAAUCCCUUGUUUUAGGAACAUCGGAUCUUGUACAUACAACGACAUGUGUACGAUGUUAGAUGACAUGGUCAAUGAAAACUGGUUGGGCAUUACGCGUAACUUAGCCCGGGAUAUACAGCAGAUGUUAAGGAAUAACGGCAUGACCCCUGGGCUCUGUCCCCAGCCCCCACAGACCGUUAGCAUUAUCAGGAACAGAAUUAGGUUACCAACGUUACCAAGAGCUUUGAACUUUUUUGCCGAGGGUACCUACCUAGCCAGAGUUCGUGUGACGGACAACGUCAGUAGGGAUGAACUCGUCUGCUUUGAUUUGCGAAUCAACAUGGAGAAAGACUGUUCUGGCUUCUGGGGAUGUAUUUUCAAUUAAUAACAUUAAACUUUGCCAUUUUAACAGUUUAGCAGCAAUUUUGAGCUUGCCUUUUUUAUAUACAAUUUAAAAUGUAUAUUUUAUAUGAGAUGAAGAAAUUCAUAUAUUUUGAAUAAAUCUCAGGACAUUUGC